CCCUUCUCCCGCUGCAGAUGGCUCCAUUCACUGGCAGAGGCCUGGGAAGGAGCCGAAAGCCGAUCUCCCCUUCUAUCACCUCCGUGCUCCUUCCGCCGAGGUGGAGAUGACGUCCUACGUGCUCCUCACUUACCUCACCAAUCAGCUGGCGCCAUCCCAAGAUGACCUGUCAUUAGCAGCUCAAAUUGCAAAGUGGAUCAGCAAGCAGCAGAAUCCCAAUGGGGGCUUCUCCUCCACCCAGGACACAGUGGUGGCACUCCAGGCACUGUCCCGAUAUGGAGUCUCCACCUAUGCCAAGAGCGGAGGAGCCCUGCAAUCCACAGGGAACUUCCAGUCCCAGUUCCAGGUGGAUCCCACGAACCGUCUGCUGCUCCAGCGUGUGGCACUGCCAGAGGUGCCAGGGGACUACAGCACGGGGGUGACAGGAGAAGGAUGUGUCUACGUGCAGACCAGCCUGAGGUACAAUGUGCUCCCCAAGCCGGGCGAGGCGCCAUUCGCGCUGGAGAUGCACACAGUCCCCAAGACAUGUGACAGCACCAGGGCUCAAAGGACCUUUAACAUCGCCAUAAACAUCAG